UGGAUUCUUGCUUUCAUGCCUUUCAUCUUCCAGGCUUACAUAACCAACCUCAGUCAGACCAAUCCAACACUCCUAAAUGACACACCCUUAGCAGGGGAAGAGAUUUCCAUCUUGACUCACAAGGACUUGCUAACAGUUGCGGACAGACAGUUCCGCUGGGAAUAUCCUGAGGGAUCUAUUCUUGCUACUUUCACCAAGAAAGAGAAGGAUGUUGAUUACAAAAUUCUUUCACCCAAAGCAAAGUCACCUGUAAGUCAGUACAUGCGUGAAGGUUACAGAUUAGAGACUGAUGGAGCUGAAAGUAACAAGAAGCGCAAACCAGGGGAAACUGAAUUACCUGAUGCAAAGAGAAAGAGAGUUUCUUUCGGUCCCUAUCUUAACCCUGAACAUUUUGAUAAACAGUUGCCCCCAGCUACUCCUGUCAGCAAGGGUGAGAAACCAAACACACGGCGAGCAUCAUUAGAUCUUUCUAGCAGUCCAUUUGUCAAGGGAAGCACAACGAAGAAAACCCGCAUUUCACUCAUUCCAAGUGCUGCUGUUAUUACAGAAGAGAGUGGCAUUGACACCCCAACCAAGAGUCUUUUGAGGAGGAGGAGCCCGACACCAGUGAAACCUUACUUGGCUCGUAGUCUAGGUCUCCUUACUCCCAAGGCACUGAAUGGAGGGACACCAAAUUCAAGCCCUGAAAACCUAAAGACACAUUCAGUGCAAACUGAAUUAUUGGCCUCAGAAGUAUCAAGUGCAUUGGAGAGUGCCUUUCAAAAGAGUACAAAGGUCAGCAGUGAUGAUGAAGAAAAUGGGUCUACUGUGAAGAGCCCCAAAGCCUCAAGCCCAACAGCUGCCUCCCCAAAGUCCAAAGCUGCAACCCCCAAAGCCAAGAGUCCGACAACAACAACCCCCAAAGCUAAAAGUCCAUCGACAUCCCCGAAAGCCAAGAGCCCAGCAGCAGCAACCCCCAAAGCCAAGAGCCCAGCAGCAGCAACCCCCAAAGCCAAGAGCCCAGCAGCAGCAACCCCCAAAGCCAAGAGCCCAGCAGCUGCAACCCCCAAAGCCAAGAGUCCAUUGGCAUCUCCUAAGGUUAAGAGUCCAAAGGUUAUCUCUACUAAAAUCAGUAGCCCGAAAAUGUCCCCCAAAAGUGCUAAGAGCCCGAAAGCAGUUACUCCAAAGAAACCUAGCCUUCAUACUGCCAGCCCCAAGAAAUUGGAAAAGACUCCCAUUAAGAAAACUCCCACAAAACUUGCCACUCCUAAAUCUGGAGCCAAUAAACUGUCUUCCCCAAAGGCCAUAUCUGCAAAGACAACAAGUCCGAAGAUUCAGGCAACACCCAAGAGUAGUAUCUUGAAAACUUCUCCAAAGAAAUCAGUGACCUUAAAGACAUCGCCAGGGAAACUAGGGGCCCCCAAAACUACUCCCAAAAAGUUGGGUACUCCAAAAGCCACACCCAAAAUUACACCCAAGAAAUUGGAUACCCCUAAAGUUACCCCCAAGAAGGUGGAUACCCCUAAAGUAACCCCCAAGAAGGUGGAUACCCCUAAAGUAACCCCCAAGAAGGUGGAUACCCCUAAAGUAACCCCCAAGAAGGUGGAUACCCCUAAAGUAACCCCCAAGAAGGUGGAUACCCCUAAAGUAACCCCCAAGAAGGUGGAUACCCCGAAAGUUACCCCAAGAAGGUGGAUACCCGAAAGUUACCCCCAAGAAGGUGGAUACCCGAAAGUUACCCCCAAAAGGUGGAUACCCGAAAGUUACCCCCAAGAAGGUGGAUACCCCGAAAGUUACCCCCAAGAAGGUGGAUACCCCGAAAGUUACCCCCAAGAAGGUGGAUACCCCAAAAGUUGCCCCCAAGACGGUGGAUACCCCAAAAGUUACCCCCAAGACGGUGGAUACCCUAAAGUUACCCCCAAGAAGGUGGAUACCCCUAAAGUUACCCCCAAGACGGUGGAUACCCCAAAAGUUACCCCCACGACGGUGGAUACCCCAAAAGUUACCCCCAAGACGGUGGAUACCCCGAAAGUUACCCCCAAGACGGUGGAUACCCCGAAAGUUACCCCCAAGAAGGUGGAUACCCCUAAAGUUACCCUCAAGAAGGUGGAUACCCCUAAAGUUACCCCCAAGAAGGUGGAUACCCUGAAAGUUACUCCCAAGAAGGUGGAUACCCCGAAAGUUAAGCCCAAGAAGAUGGAUACACCUAAAACCACCCCCAAGAAGGUAGAUACUCUGAAAGCUACACCCAAGAAGGUGGGGACACCCAAAACUACACCUAAGAAAGUAACUCUGUUGGGGAGACCAAAACUUGUACCCAAGAAAGCUGGUGUUAAAGCAACUGCAAAAACUACUCCGAAGUCAACAGCCUCAAGAGGACAGAAAAGGAAGGCUAGCUUGACACCUCAGGCAUCAAAAUCCAAGAAGACAAAAGUAGCUGUAGCCACACCUAAGCAAGAAAGCACAUCUAAGAAAACACCAAAGAAAGUUCAAGCAAGAGUUCUGGCUAAGACUCCUAGAAAGACUCCUGGAAAGACCCUAAGAGUCCUGGGCAGAUGUUUGUUGAAGCGAGGCCUAAUGGCGCGGAAGAUGCCAUCAUCCAAGGCCGAACGUGCCAGGGAAGUGAUUCAGAAGGCAAGAGUCCUUAGGGAUUCUCGUAAGGCUGGAGGAGUGAAAAGUGCUUCAAAUACCAAAUUUUCCUUGGAGGUGCCACAAAGCUUUGAUUUUAGAACGUCUACCACUGGACAUGUCAAUUCACCAGCUCCAAUCUUCAUUUACAAGAAAACAGCAAAAACACCUCGUGUAUUUCGAAAAGGACAAAAAAGUCCCUUCAAGUCCAGAAUCACAGGGCCAGCAGGAACUGAUGAACACUUGGAAGGAUUGGCAGGGCUCAUGGAUACCCCAGGCAAAGUGGUUGAUUCAGAAGAUAGGAUGGCACAUAGUAUCAAAACUAGUGAAUCUAGCCCAAGAAUUUCCUUGAACCAAAAUUCUACAACAGAAGGCUCACCUCGCCCAAGAGGGAGACCUUCAAAACAAGCAGCAAGUCCAACAAAGACGCCAGAGAGCUUGCCUCGUCCUAGAGGCAGGCCUCCAAAACAGACUGCAAGUCCAACAAGGACACCAGAGGGCUCACCUCGUCCUAGAGGUAGGCCUCCAAAACAGGCUGCAAGUCCAGCAAAGACACCAGAGGGCUCACCUCGCCCUAGAGGUAGGCCUCCAAAACAGGCUGCAAGUCCAACAAGGACACCAGAGGGCUCACCUCGCCCUAGAGGUAGGCCUCCAAAACAGGCUGCAAGUCCAACAAGGACACCAGAGGGCUCACCUCGCCCUAGAGGUAGGCCUCCAAAACAGGCUGCAAGUCCAACAAGGACACCAGAGGGCUCACCUCGCCCUAGAGGUAGGCCUCCAAAACAGGCUGCAAGUCCAGCAAAGACACCAGAGGGCUCACCUCGCCCUAGAGGUAGGCCUCCAAAACAGGCUGCAAGUCCAACAAGGACACCAGAGGACUCACCUCGCCCCAGAGGUAGGCCUCCAAAACAGGCUGCAAGUCCAACAAGGACACCAGAGUGUACACCUCGCCCAAGAGGUAGGCCUCCAAAACAGACUGCAAGUCCAGCAAAGACACCAGAGGGCACACCUCGCCCAAGAGGUAGGCCUCCAAAAGAAGACAGCACUCUAAGUCCAGUGAAAAUGCCUCAGAACAGAUCCGAUUCUACAGAGCAAAUAGAUGCUUCAAGCCCAAUUAAAAAUACAUUAGACACAAAAUCUCCACAACAAGUUAGUAUUGCAAAUCCUGCAAAAACUCCAGAAGAACCAACACCAAAAUAUAGAGGAAGGCUGCCUAAAUAUUCAAUGACACCAAAUCUAAAUACACCUCCAGGACCUUCAGCAUCAGAUUUUGAGGAUUCUUUAGGUGCAUCACCUGCCCUUUUCUCUCCAUGUACUCCAAACAUUGUCAGUAAUAGUCACACUAAAGGUAAAAUGAGUAUGUCCUAUGCCAACACUCCAUCAUCAUAUGGUAAUACCACAAACUUUGAUUUCUCCUCUAUUAAGACACCAGAUGUAACAGAGGAUAAAUUCAUUUCACCUCUUGUAACACCUGCGGUGGCCAGCAACACUCCUGAGCGUUUAUUGCGAAGCGUACGUGGAAAGUCUGCUUUGGCCUCACCUGAAGAUGUACCCAUAGAAACUGAUGCCACUACUUUUGACUUCGAGUGUGCUGACACUCCAAAUGUUUCACAGGAUAUAUUUGUCUCACCAGUGAGUGUAAAAUCAAAAACAUCACCUGAAUUAAGAGGACUGAAAUCCUUAUACAAGAAAAAUAAUACUGCAGACUAUAAUAAUGUUGAGGGCAUAAAGAAGCUAAUGUCAACACCAAAGCCUGAAAAUGUGACAAAUGCAUCUUAUACAGCUGUUUCUGGUUUGAGAAACUUAAUGAAAACACCUAAAAUGCCAGUUCCAGAGAAAGAAGCUGAUGACACCCAUUUAGCUGGAAUACGGAAAAUCCUGCGGACACCAAAGCCUGUUCCUGAAAGCCCUCAAGCUGAUUAUUCAAAAAUUGCUGGUAUCCGUAAACUGAUGAAGACACCAGCACCUAGUGUUGCAGAGAGAGAAGCUGAUGAUUCCCACAUAGCAGGGAUCAGGAAAGUCUUGCGAACACCAAAACCUAAUCCAGAAAGUCCCAAAGCCGAUUAUACAGGUGUCACUGGAUUGCGCAAGCUCAUGAAGACCCCUAAAGCAAAUGCUGCAGAAGAGCCAGUUGAUGACUCCAAACUCUUUGGCAUUGGAAAAAUGUUACGGACACCAAAAACCACAGAAUGUCCUGAAGCUGAUUACACAAAUAUUCAUGGAGUGCGCAAGUUAAUGAAAACACCUAAAGAGCCUGUUCCAGAGCGUGAACCUGAUUACACCCAUAUUGCAGGGAUUAGGAAAGUACUGAAAACACCAAAGCCAACACCACCCUCUCCAAAAGCAGAUUAUAAUAAUAUUGCUGGGGUUAAAAAUCUACUGAAGACUCCAAGAGAGGAAACUCUGAAUGAGGCAGAUUAUACCAAUGUUACAGGAUUGAAGAGGUUAUUAAGAACUCCUCGUAAUGCCAAAGAAACUGCAGAAGCUGAUUACACUAAUGUUCAAGGAUUAAGAGAGAUAAUGAAAUCUCCAAGACAGAAACCAGAGAAUGUGGAAGUGGAAGCAGAUUACACAGAGCCAAAAGGAUUAAGGAAUCUGAUGGCUACCCCUGCUCAGAAGCGCCUGGAACCUUUGGCAGAUUAUACCAAUGUAAAAGGAAUGAAACGAUUGCUAUCAACCCCUCAAACUCAUAAUGCACCAGAAGCUGAUUACACUAGUGUGCAUGGAGUAAAGAAUCUUAUGCGAACACCCAAAUCUCAAGAUUAUUCUUUGGAGGUUGACUUACAAGGGUUAGGGCAGUUAAUGAAAACACCUCUUACUGACCAAACUAAUGUAGUUGUUAGUCAAGUAACUGAACUAGUACGCCAGACUACUACACCAGCUUCAGGUAGAAAGUCCCGAAGGGCUCCAAAAGUCAUCAGUCCAACAACAAGCUCACCUUCAGAAAAUAUACCACCUGUAGAGCCACUUAAAUCUAACACACAGGUAGUACAAGAGAAAGAACUUGAUGAAGGCCUCACUCCACGUAGAUCUCGAAGAACAAUCAAGACUGAGUCUGAAAGCAGUACGCCAGUGAGACGUGGGCGAUCCCGUCAAGUUAAUAUUAAGAAUGAAGUGGCACAGGACGAUUCUCCAGUUGCAUCGACUCGAAGCCGCAGGGGCAAACGGGGAACUGCACCUGAAGAGGUAGCUGAAGUGCCACAGAAGAAAUCAAAAAGGCGGCAGAAUCAAGUGGAUGAAUCGUUGGAUUCAAAUGACGGCUCUGAGGAAAAAAUAAUUGAAUUGCCAGAUCCAUGCAUUAUUGAAAAAGAAUCUGAAGACAUUGUUGAAGAAAAGAAAUCUUUACCAAAGAGAGCUGGUCGAAGCCGCAAGGAUGCAGCAUUACAGAAUGAAGUAACAACUAAUGAAGAAACAGAAGUGGUAAAGGUUUUGACACCAGUGAAAAGAAAACAAAAGCAGUCUGAAGAUAUGGAAGGGAACCUCCCAAGUGCAGUGGAAGCAGCCAUUGAUGAGCCUGUAAAACCAUCUACACCAGCAAAGAGAGGACAAAGAAGGGCCCAACCAAAGAAAGAAGAAACUGAUGAUUUGGUUCCAUCUUUAGAUAUACCUGCUGUAAAACGCACAAGAGGAAAGUCGACCAAAGAAGUUGCCAAAGUAGAAGAAUCCCCUAAAGUUUCAACACCUGUGCGAAGAGGACAAAGAAGAGGUCAAGUUGAAAUUGAAAAAGAAACCGAACCCCAAGAAUUGCCUGAAACACCAAAAGUAGAAGUACAAAUCGGUGUGGAUGAAGAUCUGGAAAAGCCAGUGAAAAGUCGUGGUAAGAAGGUACGUGUGGCUGAGUCAGUAGAAAUAAAUACUGAAGAAGUGAAACCCACCAAAAGAAGAGGGCGCUCACAAAAGGUUGUAGAAGAAUUGGACACAGAGGGGGAAAAAGUGGCUGACACCAAGCAGAAGGGGGGAAGAAGAACUGUGAGUAAACAAGAAACAUCAGAAACUAAUGAAGAAUUAGUGAAGACUGUCAGUAGCAGACGUGGGCGUGGAAGGAAAAAGGCUGAAGAAGCAGAAAAUGAUAGCAACCAGGAAAUAGAACAGCCAACCCCAGUCAAAAGACGUGGUAGAGCUGCAAAGGCUAUUGAAGAACCUGAGCCUACUGCAGAAGCUUCUUCAACAACAACAACAACAACCAGAAGAGGUCGUGGUAAGGCUGCAAACAGCAAAGACGAGGAAGAAAGUGAGUCCUCUCAGGACCAAGUGAAAACUACAAGCCGUGGUCGAGGCCGCAAACAAACCAUAAAAGAUACUGAAGAAACCAUUGUUGAUGAACCUGAAGCAAAGACACGAAAAACAAGGGGCAAAAAAAAGGAGCCUGCAGAUGAGGAGGAGGAAGUUGCACAAACCUCUACAAGAUCAAGACGAAAAGUUGAUACAGAGGAGAAAGUGACAAAGGUGACUAGACAGACGCGGUCACGGAAAUAAAUUAGCAGUACAACUGUAUACCUGAGUACCUGCCUGCAUUUACUGCAAUAGAAGUAACUUGUUUUAUUCUAUCAGAAGGUUAUCUUACUUUUACUGUCAUGAUUUCAACAAAUGUAAAAUGAUAUAAACAGAUUUUUUAACACUUUUUUAAAGACUAGAAUUGUAGAUAUGUUAGGUGUUUUAGUUUCUUAAUGUAAUUGUAGAGAGAUUUUGUCAAACUGACAUAAAUAAUUUUAUAGGAAGGUCCCUGAAUGGUUCAUUUUGCCAUUGGGAUUUAUAUUUUCUGGUAACCAGAUACCAUAAGGAGACAUUGGGGGUAUUUAAAAUUAGAUUUGUUUUCCUUCAAGAUUUGUCCUUUAUACAUUUUCAACACUUUUUUGUCAAUGAUAGUAUUGACAGUACAUUAUUGCAUAGCUUACAAUAUCUACUCAGUCUCUUACAUAUUUUAAUUUCCUUUUUAUGUGCAAGAUUUGAAGGUUUAGAAAUAAGUUUCUUUCCUUUUUUAUUCUUUAUAAGCUAACACAGGAAGUUCACAAAUGGAAUUAGUUAAAGCAUGUAGAUAGCAGUCAUUAAAUUGUGAAUGUG